AUGUCGCUGGAAAAUCCAGAUGUUGCAAAAACAAACAAGGCGUUCGUGCCUCUUGAAAACAACCCAGAGGUGAUGACCAGACUAGCCCACGAACUAGGUCUAAGUCAAUCUCUGCAGUUCCACGAAGUGUACUCACUGACCGAGCCUGCCCUACUCGAAUUUCUUCCACGACCAGCAUAUGCCCUCCUUCUCGUCUUUCCUGUAACAGAAACGUACGAAAAGUUCCGACGAGAAGAGGACGCUACAAGACCAGACUAUAGCGGCAAUGGCUCCGACGAGCCAGUCUUGUGGUUCAAACAGACGAUCCGUAAUGCUUGUGGUUUAAUCGGUCUGCUCCAUGCGAUAACGAACGGCGGAGCACGUGAGCAGAUCGUCGCAGGUAGUGACUUGGAGAAACUAUUAAGAGAAGCUGUUCCACUGGACCCUGUCAAGAGAGCCGAGCUGCUGUACCAAAGUAAGAGUUUGGAAGCUGCACAUGCCACAGCCGCGGCCACAGGCGAUACUCAAGCUCCUGAUGCAAAUGCAAAUGUUGAUUUACAUUUUGUUGCUUUCAUCAAGGACCAGCAAAACAACUUGUGGGAGUUGGAUGGAAGGAGAACAGGUCCAUUGAACAGAGGUAAGCUGGAUACGGACAAUGAUGUGCUCAGUGAACAGGGUCAGGAGUUGGGAGUGAGGUCGUUCUUGAGACGUGAGGAAGAAGCUGGUGGUGGUGAGUUACGGUUUAGUGUGAUUAUGCUAGGCCCUUCUAUGGACUAA